UGACGUGUUGUCUUUUCCCGAUGUUAAACUACCUGCUCUUGUGGGGGAAUACAGUUUGUCCCCUGAAGGGGAUUUCGAGAAUUCGAGUUCCCAAAAGCGUUACAUAAAUCAACGGUCGCCAUUCAUGUGCCCUAUCUCGUUGAACGCGCCAGAAGACGCGCAUCAGUCUCAGGAUGAUGCUAAAGAUUUCUGUACAAGUUCAAUUUACUUGGACAACAUGUUUUUCUUUUUGCGACACUCGAGUGAGAAAAUACGCGCGCACUUAGAACACGAGUUUGUCUGCAGUCGAAAAGUAUUGGAGCUGAUUAUAUGCGCUCCGUACGAUUAUAAUAACAACUGGACACUGGCCGUAAGCAAGUAUCGUAAUACUAUAUACAUGUGUCAGCUACAAAACGAAGCUUUCGGAGUUCCACUUUUCGAUCAUGGGCAACUAAAGAAAGCCAUGUGGAUGAAGAAGCUGCGACAGCACUUUUUGGAAUCAAGGCCUCUCAAUGUGGGACAGAUCGAAGUGGAUCAGCAAACAAAUGAAUGUGGUCAAUUCUAUGGAGUGUUUUCCAUGGCUAUCAAUGGCAUGAGACUUUUGUUCGAUGCUCCAGUGUUGGCCAAUCGCUGUCCAAACACAAAUACAACGGAGUUUGUUGAUCUUCAGUUGCGUUCGGGCUCAAUGAACCGUAAGGAAUGGGCUGAAUACAAUCUCACUGAGGGUCUCAAGUUGUGGGCUCAGACCUUCUUGGUUGGCAUCCAGAACAUUUACUUUGCCUAUUAUAAUAGUGAGGGAAUUGUGCAACGCAUUAAGACUAAAACGGUUCGUGAGCUCUAUGAGGACUGUAGGAACGAUUGGUCUGCCAACUGGUGUGCCACUUUCUUAGCACGUUUCCUGGACACCAUCAGGAAGUUAAUGGCGACUGUGGAUUGUCCUGAUCUCGUUUAUAUGUUUGACUACGACGCAAAGAACGGAACUAUCAACUACCGAGUUGCCGAGGAUCGUAACCAGCAUUCAUUCAUACCAGACUGGUAUAAGAAUCAAUUGAGGAGUCUAUGACAAACUUUAGAAAUGAUAUGCUAAUCAGAUAAGAAGAGAAUUAUGUUUAUGUUUAUUGACAGCAUUAAUUGAAUUUCAAGAAAUCACACUAUUAAAUAAU